AUGAACCAGUACGUGCAGAAGAAGUUUUCAAAAGAAUACAAGGCAACUAUCGGCGCUGACUUUCUCACAAAAGAGCUGCAGCUGGACGACAAGCUCAUCUGGGACACCGCGGGCCAGGAGCGCUUUCAGUCCCUGGGGGUCGCGUUUUACCGCGGCGCCGACUGCUGCGUCCUCGUCUAUGACGUCAACGCCACUAAGACCUUUGAGUCACUUGACAACUGGCGGGACGAGUUCCUGCUGCAGGCCCAGCCGCGCGACCCGGAGAACUUCCCUUUCAUCGUACUGGGCAACAAGAUAGACGAAGACGAGGGCCGCAGCCGCGUGGUGUCUGAGAAAAAGGCGAAGCAGUGGUGCGCGGGCAAGGGCAACAUCCCGCACUACGACACCAGCGCCAAGGACGACAUUAACGUGGAGGCCGCGUUUGUGUGCAUCGCGCGCAACGCGCUGCGCAACGAGGUCGAGGAGGACGCGUUUGUUCCCGACAGCCUGGACGUCAACACCGCCACGCCGCAGCGCAAGAGCUCCUCCUGCUGCUGA